GGAGGAGGAGGAGGAUCCCAGCAUCGCUGUGUGAGUGAGAGUGGGAGAGAUGCUGGAGACUGAUUCUCAGUGACUCGCUCUCUCUCAGCAGCAACAAUGCCGAAUAUCGUGCUGUUCAGCGGCAGCUCGCACCACGACCUGUCCCAGCGGGUGGCCGAUAGGUUGGGCCUGGAGCUUGGCAAAGUGGUGACCAAGAAAUUCAGUAACCAGGAGACAUGUGUGGAAAUUGGGGAGAGUGUGCGAGGAGAAGAUGUAUACAUAAUCCAAAGUGGCUGUGGGGAAAUCAAUGAUAAUUUGAUAGAGCUGUUAAUCAUGAUCAAUGCCUGCAAAUUUGCAUCAUCCUCUCGAGUCACUGCAGUUAUUCCUUGUUUUCCCUAUGCGCGACAAGACAAAAAAGACAAGAGUCGUGCCCCAAUUUCAGCCAAGCUUGUGGCCAACAUGUUGUCAGUUGCUGGAGCAGAUCAUAUCAUCACCAUGGAUUUGCAUGCCUCUCAGAUACAGGGCUUUUUCGAUAUACCUGUGGAUAACUUGUAUGCAGAACCAGCAGUACUGCAGUGGAUAAAGGAGAAUAUUCCAGAGUGGAGAAAUUCCAUAAUUGUCUCUCCUGAUGCUGGUGGAGCCAAAAGGGUAACAUCAAUUGCAGAUAGGUUGAAUGUUGAAUUUGCGCUGAUCCAUAAAGAGAGAAAGAAGGCAAAUGAGGUAGAUAGGAUGGUGCUCGUUGGUGAUGUUAAAGAUCGAGUGGCCAUUCUUGUGGAUGACAUGGCAGACACAUGUGGGACAAUAUGUCAUGCUGCUGACAAAUUGCUGUGUGCUGGUGCUACCAAAGUUUAUGCUAUCCUUACUCAUGGUAUCUUCUCUGGCCCUGCCAUUAGUCGAAUAAACAAUGCUGCUUUUGAAGCUAUUGUUGUUACAAACACCAUUCCGCAAGAAGAAAAAAUGACUAUUUGCUCAAAAGUUCGGGUGAUUGAUAUAUCGAUGAUCCUUGCUGAGGCAAUACGCAGGACCCACAAUGGAGAAUCUGUGUCAUACCUUUUCAGUCAUGUUCCUCUGUAAGGUGAUGAGACUUCAGACUUACUGAGUAGGUCUGGUCUGAAAGUUGUUAUACUACAUAUCUGAGGAACCCAUCACUUACGUACUGGAAUACUGCACACCCAAUCACACCCAACCAGAAAGGGCCCACUGCUGUAUCAAACUGGAAAAGUUACAUCCAUAUUUGCAAGUUGAAAGCAUGAAAAUAUAAUGAUUUUAAAUGUCAUGGAUUGAAUCUUAUUUCUCUCAAUGCACUGUGGGAAGGACAGCAGAGCUCUGCUUUUGUACUUUUGGGAAUGUAAUCUUUCAUGAAGUGAAUUUCUAUGAAAUCUCAAACCUGUUGAUGGCUAUGUGGCUUUCUUAUACCAGCACACAAGUCUGUUAGAUACUUGUGGCUAUGUGCUGAUUUUUUUUUUAAUGUGGAAACAAAUGUUUGAGGUGCAACAGUAGUAAUAAUUACCGACAGACAUUCCAUGAGAUAUUAAAACUGAUUUGAACUUUCAGACAUGGUCAAAUAUUUGCAUUCUGCAGCAAUGAACCUUCUUGGUUAAUAAGUGAAUUCCAGUACCAAUACAUUUUUUUUGAAGUCUGAAAACCGAUCUUGCAACCAAAUUGCAAUGUGUCAAGUGGUUUAAAUAAAAUAUCUCUGCAGAAACAAUAGCUCUUCAAUAAUGCGCUAUCUUUGUCUAGAAACAGUUGUGAGUGUGCGGCAGCUUCAUUAGGAGCAAAACACAAGUCCAGCCUCUUCCUGUUUGCAGUUGCUAAUCUACAGCUGCUUCUGAUAAACAGGGUGUUGAUAUUAAAGAGUGUUAGUCCCUUUAGAGAAUAGGCAGCUGCUGAGCCCUUGUUUUGAAUUUUACACAUGGCCUUUCUCAGGUUGGUGAACAACUUGUUUCAGAAACUAUUCAAAUAAAUGAUUUGGGGGCGACUCACCUAAAAUAAAAGUUGAAGCUCUUUAUUUCACUGUACGCACUAAUUGAAAAUACUGCAGAGAGCUGGGGAACCUAAAGGAAAAGGUUUUCUGGCAAGUGCAAAGCAGCUUUUUUGCUUUGGGGAAGGAGAUAUCUAUGCAGUGAAUGUGCAAGGCAUGUCUAGUUCUUUGUUUUUCCUGCCUCCUUGAAGUGAGUGAGGCGAUGAGUGGUAACAUACAAUUCUGACUUUAAUUCUUAUUUUGUCUUUAACAUUGCAGCGUCUACGCAGGUUUCAGGCAACCAGAACAGCUGUGCUACUGCGCACGUUGCUUGGGGUUUCCGUUUAAAACUGUUACACUGCUAAAGCAGUGUUGUGUGUAAUCUUGUGGUCCCUUUUAAGGUCCCAAGAUGUAACUGUUCUCAGUGGCUAUUUGCUCUUAGCAAAUGCUGAGGUCAAUGAAAAAUCAAACAGGAUUGCACAUUCUUGUUUUUAUGCUAUGUAAUUUAUUAAGUUAGCCAAAUAAGUGAAAUUGUGGUAA